CCUAGGGCUUCACUUCCCUCCAGAUGUACAGGCUGAGACAACAUAAGACAGUGUCUUGCUGAUACUUACCCUCUUGGCAGCAACCAAGGACCCCCUGGACAUGGACCCACCAGUUGCCAACCAGCCAAAGAAAAGCAAGACCAAGAAGGCCCCUAUUAAGGCUAUCACUAAGACUGUACCCACUGACCCUCCAGUUCCCCAGUCUAAAGUAACUUUUCCAGCUUUAAAUCUGCCAAUCAUUCCCCAGAUCAACCAGGUAGCCAAUACUCAGGCUUCUUCAUUCACUGCUCAGCCUAAGAAAUCCAACAAGACAAGAAAAGUUACUGCUAAGGCAACCCAAGGCUCCCAAUUUCCAAUUGACAGUGAGAGUGUCACUACACAGAUCAAGUUACCCUUGCAGACCCUAAACCUGCUAGUCAUUCUUCAGACUAUCCAGGCUCCAAUUGUCAAUGAGUCAGCCAAUUCUCAAGCCUUGUUAGGCCCCACCAUACCUUUUUCCAAGGCUAAAAUGGCUGACAAUAAGGUCAUAGCUAGUGCCACUGAUAUCUCACUGGCUCUAUCCACUAUUUACACAGCUACCACCCACAGCCAAAUUACCUCAUCCAAAGCCAAGAAGGCAAUUGUUAAGGGCACAAAUACUGAUACUGAGUUCCCAGAGGCCCCAGAUGCCACUGAGGCCUCAGCAGCAGCUAUCUGGCCCCCAAAAUCCAAGGGCAAGAAAGUUGUCUAUGAGGGCCCAAAAUCUGCCUGUGAGAUCUCUGAGGCCCCUGCCAGUCAAAUGGUCACAAACCAACCCCUAGCAGCCACACUCUGGGUCAAGAGAGGGUACAGGGCUCGGAAAGUUGACACUAAGACCCAAACAACCGAAAGCCAGACUCAAGUUGACCAAAGGAUCCAGACCAAGAUGGAUACCUCUCAGACCCACAUAAGUGCCCUUGAGACUCAGGUUGCUGCUUCUGUCCAGGCCCUGGCAGAUGACUACCUGGCUCAGUUUAGUUUGGAGCCCACAACCAGGACCCGGGGAAAGAGGAACCAAAAAUCCAAGAAUCUGAACAAGGGUGAGAGAGGUGAUGGCAAUUAUAGGCAUAUCCCAUGGGGCCAGAGGCCUCUGCUAUCCCAAGAUGUGACCAUUUUGCAAGAAACGGAAAAUAAAUUGGUGAAAUACCUGUAGGUUAAGGACCAGACAAAGAUCCCCAUCAACCACUCAGACAUGCUGAAGGAUGUCAUCCAAGAAUAUGAUGAAUAUUUCCCAGAGAUCAUUGAGCGAGCAAGCUAUGCUCUGGAGAAGAUGUUUCGAGUCAAUCUGAAGGAAAUUGAUACUAGCUUGUGUAUUCUUAUCAGCAUUCAGGAAUCCUCUACAGGCAUACUGAGAAUGACCAAGGGCACACCCAAAAUAGAUCUUCUCAUGGUGAUUCUGAGUGUCAUUUUUAUGAAUGGCAACAGGGCCAAUGAGGCUGUCAUCUGGGAGCUGCUGCGUAAGUUCGGGCUGUGCCCUGGGGUAAGGCACUCACUCUUUGGGGAAGUGAGGAAGCUCAUCACAGAUGAGUUUGUGAAGCAAAAGUACCUGGAAUAUAAGAGGGUCCCCAACAGCAGACCACCUGAAUAUGAGUUCUUCUGGAGAUUGCGCUCCUACGAGACUAGUAAGCUGAAAGUUCUCAAAUUCUCAUUUCACGUACAAAAAAAAGACCCCAAGGACUGGGCCAUGCAGUACCAGGAAGCAGUGGAGAUGCAAGUCCAAGCUACAGCUGUGGCUAUAGCUGAGGCUGAGGCCAGGGCUGAGGCAAGAGCCCAAAUGGGGAUUGGAGAGGAAGCUGUGGCUGGGCCCUGGAAUUGGGAUGACAUGGAUAUCAACUGCCUAACAAAGGGAGGCAAUGAUGCUCAGGCCUGGAACAGAUUUUGGCUUGAAAUUGAGGCCAGAGCCCAAGAAAAUGCAAAUGCCAGUGCCAGCAUUGACUUCAGCAGAGAAGCUAGCACCAAGGCUAGCUAUAGUGAUGGUUCUAGUAUUAGCUUCAGUGGUGUACCCAGCCCUGGUAAUGGUUUUGGUGGCAGAGCUGGUAUUAGCUUUGGUGGUACAUGCAGCAACAGUGCUAGCUUCAGCAGUGUAGCCAGCAUUUGCUUUGAUGGCACACCCAGCACUUGUUCCACUUUCAAUGGUAGAGCCAGCAUUAGCUUCAGUGGUACAGCGAACACCAGCUCUAGUUUCAGCAGUGAAGUCAGUAUUAGCUUUGGUGGCACACCUUGCACCAGUGCCAACUUCAGUGGUGGGGUCAGCUGUAGUUUCAGUGACUUGCUCAACACCAAUACCAGUUUCAGUGGUGGAGCCGGCUCUGGUUUUGGAGGCACAGUCAGUACCACUGCUGGUUUCAGUGAUGCAUUCAUUACGAGCACUAGCCUUGGCAGUACACUUGGCACCAGUGCAAUCUUUAGUGGUGCACUUAGCACCAGCACUCACCUAGGUGGCACACUCAGUACUAGUGUCUACUUUGGUGGUUCUCCCAGUUCUAGUGCCAGCUUUGGUGGCACACUUAGUACCAGUAUCUGCUUUGGUGGCUCUAGCACCAGCACUGGUUUUGAUGGUGUACUCAGUACCAGUGUCUCCUUUAGCAGCCCUUUCAGCAGUUGCACUGACUUUGGUGAUACACUCAGCACCAAUCUUAACUUUGGUGGCACACACAGCACCAGUGCUGGUUUUAGCAGUGCUGUCAAUAUUAGCAGUGGCUUCAGCAGUGUACCCAGCACCAACUCUGGCUUUGGCAAUGUGUUUGCUGACUUCAGUGGGGCACUUAACACCUCUAGUGACUUUGGCAGUUCUCCCAGCACCAGCAUUGGCUUUGGUGGAGCUCCCAGCACCAGCUUCUGCUUUGGGAGUAUAUCUAACACCAAUCUGUGCUUUGGUGGCCGUCCUAGCACCUGCUUUAGUGGUCCUACAAGUGCCAGUUUUGGUGAUGGACUCAGCACCAGUACCAGUUUCAACUUUGGUGAUGGGUUAAGCACCAGCACUGGAUUUCAUGGUGGGCUGAGCACCAGCUCUGGCUUCAGUGGUAGGCUGAUCUCCAGCAAUGUCUUUGGUGGUGGAUUUGGCAGAAAUGUUGGUUUUGGCAGCACACUUGGCACCAGUGCUGACUUUAGUAGUGGCAUCACCACCAGUGAUAGCUUUAGUGGUGGACCAAACACCAGCUUCAAUGGAGGAUUGAGCACCAUCAUUGGCUUUGGCAGUGAUUCCAGCACCAACACUGGCUUUACUGGCAAUCUCAGCACCAGCACCAGCUUUAUUGGCGGACCCAGUUCUAUUGUUGGCUUUGGCAGUGGACUGAGCACUGAUGCUGGCUUCAAUGGUGGACCAGGCAGUAGUGCUGGCUAUGGCAAUGGACUGAGCAAUGCUGCUGGCUUUGGUGGUGGAGCCACUAGCCUUGGUGCCUGUAGCUUCUCCUAUGUCUAG